AGACAUAUAAUAAGUUGGUUUAUUUAGGUGAGGUCGUGAUAUAAAAUUAUACUUUCACGCCCUCUAUUUAUCAUUGAUUAAACUUAUCGAAUUUCUUUAAAAAGAUUAUUCAAAAUAUUCAAUUACUUUAUCUUUUGUUAUUGAAAACGGAUCUUCGUCAUAUAUAUGCACUUUUAGAUGUAUAUUAAUAAUAAUUAAAAGUGAAAAUGGUGGAAAUUACGAAAAACAUUUUGUUCAUUUCAAUUAGUGUUCUAGUUAUUUCAGGGGGAAAUUGCCAUGUGAAUGAAGCAAUAAAAAAAGAAAUUUUCAAUAUAUAUAAAGGCGUGACUUUCGAAGUAAGAAAUUUCACUAAUACUAGACCAAAUGUUAAUGAAACCACGUAUACUUUGUAUAAUAGAAACGAAAUUAAAAAUGGAACUGUCAUAACAUCUUCAAAUUUGAAAUUAAUAGAACCCACCGAGGGUCAAAUAAUUUUUAUAGUACACGGAUGGACCAGUUCAGGAACUGCCGAUUGGGUUAUUAAUUUAAAAGACGCUUUUUUAAUUACUAAACCGAAAUGUUCAGUAAUUACUGUCGAUUGGGGAACAGCUGCUGGACAACUGUAUUCAAUUGCUUCUGCAAAUAGUUAUAGUGUCGGUAAUUUCAUUGGAGAAAUGAUAAUAGAUCUUAUAGAAAAACACAACGUAGAUAUAAAAAAAAUCCUUCUGAUUGGACAUUCUUUAGGAGGACACACUUGUGGUUUCGCAGGAAAGAAAUUGAAAGAAGUUGGUAAAUUAUUACCGAGAAUAAUAGCACUCGAUCCUGCUGGUCCUUUAUUUCAAGUUUGGCCAAAAGAUAAAAGAUUGGAUUCCUCAGAUGCAGAUAUCGUAGAAGUCCUUCACACUGACGCUGGAACUUUCGGUUUGGCUGGUUCUGUUGGUACCAUAGAUUUUUUUGCAAACGGAGGUCAAUUUCAACCAGGUUGCGCCAGGAUAGAUUUAUUCGAUAUUUUCAAUAUCGAUCCAGUUUUCUGUGAUCACGGUAGAUCCCAUUCGUAUUUUAUCGAAGCCAUUUUGAAUCCUGCCGAUUUUUUGGCGCGAAAAUGUUCCACUUAUAAUCUUUUCAAAAAAAGAUGUCAGGAUGAAAAAAUUGCGUUGGGAAAUCUCACGACUAGAGCUACAGGAAAUUUUUAUUUUGAUACUAAUAAGGAACCACCAUAUUCGAAACAAGAAAACUCAUCUAGGGGACUUUUUGGAAUGGUUUCCAAAGUUUUUAAAUUGUAAAUUAUUUUUAGAUUAUAGUUUUUUUAUAAAUAAAUAUUUUUUAAUUUCUUUUAA